AUGACAGGUUCCUAUUUGUCCCAUGACUCAUAGCAGUAUGUUCUGCUGAUUCCUUCUGUUCUACAAGAAGGCUCUUUGGAUAAAGCUUGUGCCCAGCUUUUUAAUCUCACUGAAUCUGUUGUUUUGAUGGUCUCCCUCAACUAUGGUGAGGUCCAGACCAAAAUAUUUGAAGAAAAUGUUACUGGAGAAAAUUUCUUCAAAUGCAUCAGCUUUGAGGUUCCUCAGGCCAGAUCUGACCCACUGGCAUUUAUUACAUUUUCUGCUAAAGGAGCCACUCUCAACCUGGAAGAGAGGAGAUCUGUGGCAAUCAGAUCCAGAGAGAACGUGGUCUUCGUACAGACUGAUAAACCCACCUACAAGCCUGGACAGAAAGAUGUAAAUGGCAUCGCUCAUUUUUUCUUGGACACAUGUACGUUUACAUACCCAAAUAUCACUUUGAAAGAUCCUCAAAACAAUCGGAUUUUUCAAUGGCAAAAUGUGACUUCUUUCCGAAAUAUUACCCAACUCUCGUUCCAACUGAUUUCAGAACCAAUGUUUGGAGAUUACUGGAUUGUUGUGAAAAGAAACUCAAGGAAGACAGUGACACACCAAUUUGCUGUUAAAAGAUAUGUGCUGCCCAAAUUUGAAGUUACCGUCAGUGCACCACAAACAGUAACUAUUUCAGAUGAUGAAUUCCAAGUGGAUGUAUGUGCUAAGUACACCUUUGGCCAACCUGUGCAAGGGAAAACCCAAAUCCGGGUGUGCAGAGAAUAUUUUUCUUCAAGCAAUUGUGAGAAAAAUGACAAUGAAAUAUGUGAGCAAUUUAUUGCACAGUUGGAAAAUGGUUGUGUUUCUCAAAUUGUAAAUACAAAAGUCUUCCAACUCUACCGUUCGGGAUUGUUCAUGACAUUUCAUGUCGCUGUAAUUGUUACAGAAUUUGGGACAGGUAAUUACUGUAUGCAGAUCAGUGAGAAGACCUCAGUUUUUAUCACUCAAUUGCUUGGAACUGUAAACUUUGAGAACAUGGAUACUUUCUAUAGAAGAGGGAUUUCUUAUUUUGGAACUCUUAAAUUUUCGGAUCCCAGUAAUGUACCUAUGGUGAACAAGUUGUUGCAACUGGAGCUCAAUGAUGAAUUUAUAGGAAAUUACACUACAGAUGAGAAUGGCGAAGCUCAAUUUUCCAUUGACACUUCAGACAUAUUUGAUCCAGAGUUCAACCUAAAAGCCACAUAUGUUCGACCUAAGAGCUGCUAUCUUCCCAGCUGGUUGACGCCUCAGUACUUGGAUGCUCACUUCUUAGUCUCACGCUUUUACUCCCGAACCAACAGCUUCCUGAAGAUUGUUCCAGAACCAAAGCAGCUUGAAUGUAAUCAACAGAAGGUUGUUACUGUGCAUUACUCCCUAAACAGUGAAGCAUAUGAGGAUGAUUCCAAUGUAAAGUUCUUCUAUUUGGUAAGUCUCAGUCAUGAUUCAGGAAACUUUCAGCAUCGUAUCUCUUCAUCUCCUAUUUACACAACCUGGAAUGGAAACUUCUUGUUCCCAAUCAGCAUCAGUGCUGAUCUGGCUCCUGCAGCUGUCCUGUUUGUCUACACCCUUCACCCCAGUGGGGAAAUUGUGGCUGACAGUGUCAGAUUCCAGGUUGACAAGUGCUUUAAACACAAGGUUAACAUAAAGUUCUCUAACGAGCAGGGCUUACCUGGUUCCAAUGCUAGUCUCUAUCUUCAAGCGGCCCCUGACUUAUUCUGUGCCCUCGGGGCUGUGGAUAGGAACGUCCUUCUACUGAAAUCUGAACAACAGCUGUCAGCUGAAAGCGUGUAUAACAUGGUUCCAAGUAUAGAGCCGUAUGGUUAUUGCUACCAUGGCCUCAAUCUUGAUGAUGGCAAGGAAGACCCUUGCAUUCCUCAGAGGGAUAUGUUCUACAAUGGUUUAUAUUACACACCUGUAAGCAACUGUGGGGAUGGAGAUAUCUAUAAUAUUGUCAGGAACAUGGGUCUAAAAGUCUUUACCAAUCUCCAUUACCGAAAACCAGAAGUAUGUGUGAUGGAGAGAAGGCUGCCACUCCCUAAGCCGCUUUAUCUAGAAACAGAAAAUUAUGGUCCAAUGCAUAGUGUUCCGUCUAGAAUUGCAUGUAGAGGGGAGAAUGCUGACUGUGUAGAACAGGCUAUAAUUCAAACAGUAAGAACAAACUUCCCAGAGACAUGGAUGUGGGACCUCGUCAGUGUCGAUUCCUCAGGCUCUGCCAAUCUUUUGUUCCUCAUUCCUGAUACGGUAACCCAAUGGGAGGCAAGUGGCUUUUGUGUGAAUGGCGACGUUGGAUUUGGCAUUUCCUCUACAACCACUCUAGAAGUCUCCCAACCUUUCUUUAUUGAAAUUGCCUCACCCUUUUCGGUUGUUCAAAAUGAACAAUUUGAUUUGAUUGUCAAUGUCUUCAGCUACCUGAAUACAUGUGUAGAGAUUUCUGUUCAAGUGGAGGAGUCUCAGAAUUAUGAAGCAAAUAUUCAUACCUGGAAAAUCAAUGGCAGUGAGGUUAUUCAAGCUGGAGGGAGGAAAACAAACAUCUGGACUAUUAUACCUAAGAAAUUGGGUAAAGUGAAUAUCACUGCAGUUGCUGAGUCCAAACAAAGCAGUGCUUGCCCAAAUGAAGGAAUGGAGCAGCAAAAGCUAAACUGGAAAGACACUGUGGUCAAAAGCUUCUUAGUAGAACCUGAAGGUAUUGAAAAGGAAAGGACCCAGAGUUUCCUUAUCUGUACAGAAGGUGCCAAAGCCUCCAAGCAGGGAGUUUUGGACUUGCCAAACGAUGUAGUAGAAGGGUCAGCCGGAGGCUUUUUCACUGCUGUGGGGGAUAUUCUAGGACUUGCCAUGCAGAAUCUGGUUGUUCUCCAAAUGCCCUAUGGAAGUGGAGAGCAGAAUGCUGCCCUACUAGCAUCUGAUACUUAUGUUCUGGACUAUCUGAAAUCUACUGAGCAACUGACAGAGGAAGCUCAAUCUAAGGCUUUCUUUCUCUUAUCUAAUGGUUAUCAAAGGCAAUUAUCUUUCAAAAACUCUGAUGGUUCCUGUAGUGUGUUUUGGAAGCAGAAUCAGAAAGGAAGCAUAUGGCUCAGUGCUCUUACUUUUAAGACAUUGGAGAGAAUGAAAAAAUACGUAUUCAUUGAUGAAAAUGUUCAAAAACAGACCUUAAUCUGGCUUUCAAGCCAACAGAAAACAAGCGGCUGCUUUAAGAAUGAUGGCCAGCUUUUCAACCACGCCUGGGAGGGUGGAGAUGAAGAGGACAUUUCACUCACUGCAUAUGUUGUUGAGAUGUUCUUUGAAGCUGGGCUCAAUUUCACUUUUCCUGCUCUACGAAACACACUCUUUUGCCUUGAAGUGGCAUUGGACAGUGGUGUCACUGAUGGCUACAGUCAUGCAAUUCUAGCUUAUGCUUUUGCCUUAGCUGGAAAAGAGAAGCAAGUGGAAUCUUUACUCCAAACCCUGGAUCAAUCUGCCCCAAAACUAAAUAAUGUCAUCUACUGGGAAAGAGAAAGGAAACCCAAGACAGAAGAAUUUCCAUCCUUUAUUCCCUGGGCACCUUCUGCUCAGACUGAGAAGAGUUGCUAUGUGCUGUUGGCUGUCAUUUCCCGGAAAAUUCCUGACCUCACCUAUGCUAGUAAGAUUGUGCAGUGGCUUGCCCAAUGGAUGAAUUCCCAUGGAGGCUUUUCUUCCAACCAGGUGAUUUAUGUAGGCCUGAUAUUCAUAGCAAUAUGUUUAAUGCAGAAGCUGGGGGAAGAGGGGCUCUUCUCUAAGAAUCAAAACACUGUCACCUUUAGCAGUGAAGGAUCCAGUGAGAUUUUCCAGGUUAACGGUCAUAACCGCCUACUGGUCCAACGUUCAGAAGUAACACAGGCACCUGGACAAUACACAGUAGAUGUGGAAGGACACGGUUGUACAUUUAUCCAGGCCACCCUUAAGUACAAUGUUCUCCUACCUAAGAAGGCAUCUGGAUUUUCUCUUUCCUUGGAAAUAGUAAAGAACUACUCUUCGACUGUUUUUGACCUCACAGUGACCCUCAAAUACACUGGAAUUUGCAAUAAAUCCAGUAUGGUGGUUAUAGAUGUAAAAAUGCUAUCAGGAUUUACUCCAACCAUGUCAUCCAUUGAAGAGGUAAAUAAUAGAAGCCUAAUCUUUCAGCACAAAGACAGCUACAUAGAGUAUAAAGAUAAAAUAAAUACUUGUUUAGCCGUAGUUUAGCAAAACAAAACUAUAGAAUUCUUCUUCAACAUUCACCUUUGUAUUUUUGCACUAACACUGGAGAGCUGGUGUACUUCAUUUGUACCAAUUAGCAGUCAGUAUUUCCCAUGGUUCAUCAUAUGUUUUUCUUUAGUUGUUACCUGUGUUUAUGAAAACAUCAUGGCACCAAGGAAUGUUCCAUAAAACAGAACGUGACGUAGAAAAGAGUGGACAUUCAGUUCUGCAGUGGUGCUGUCAUUUAUUCUAAUAUCUAUUCUCUAUGCUUCCCUAACAAUUU